AUGAACGGCGACUCGGCCCCCGGUGUCGGUGACGGCAGUAUGCCUGACCAGAUGAUGGUCGACACCCCCGACUACACCGAUUCAGAAUCCAAUCCCACAGGCGCAAACAGCGUCGCAGGCGACAUUGCAGAUGGCCGGAAGAAGCGGUGGGAGGGCAACGCUCUCCGCAAGAGCAUGUUUGGCAAGAAGCACGACCGACUCGGCGACAGCAAGGAGGACGACUCGAUCAAGCGAUUCCGAUAUCUGCUCGGCCUGACUGACCUCUUCCGCCAUUUCAUCGAUACAAACCCCGACCCAAAGAUCCGCGACAUCAUGGCUGAAAUUGAUCGUCAAGAUGCAGAGGACGAGAAGGCUGCUCAGGCGGGCAACAAGCGGAAAGGCGGCGCAGAUGGCGGCAGGAGGCGACGAACAGAAAAGGAAGAAGAUGCCGAACUGCUUCGUCAAGGGAAGCAGGAAGGCAAAGCCGAGCACACCGUCUUCCGCGAGAGUCCGAGCUACAUCCAAGGCGGCGAGAUGAGGGAUUACCAGGUUGCAGGCCUCAACUGGCUGAUCAGCUUGCAUGAGAAUGGUAUUUCCGGUAUCCUCGCAGACGAGAUGGGUCUGGGCAAGACGCUGCAGACGAUCAGUUUCCUUGGUUAUCUGCGCUUUGUCCAAGACAUCACUGGCCCACACUUGGUUGUCGUGCCAAAGUCGACCCUCGAUAACUGGAAGCGCGAGUUCGCGAAGUGGAUUCCAGAGAUUACCAUACUUGUUCUUCAAGGUGCAAAGGAGGAACGACACGAGCUCAUCAACGACCGUUUAAUCGACGAGAAGUUUGAUGUGUGCAUCACAUCGUACGAGAUGAUCCUGCGUGAGAAGAGCCACUUGAAGAAGUUCGCCUGGGAAUACAUCAUCAUCGAUGAAGCUCACAGGAUCAAGAACGAGGAGUCAUCACUCGCACAGAUUAUCCGUGUCUUCAACUCGAGAAAUCGACUUCUCAUUACCGGUACGCCACUCCAAAACAACCUGCACGAACUGUGGGCACUGCUCAACUUCCUCCUUCCUGACGUCUUCGGUGACUCGGAAGCCUUCGACCAGUGGUUCAACAACCAAGACGCCGACCAGGAUGCCGUUGUUCAGCAACUUCACCGUGUUCUCCGACCUUUCCUGCUUCGUCGUGUCAAGAGCGACGUGGAGAAGAGCUUGUUGCCAAAGAAGGAGAUCAACUUGUAUGUUGGCAUGAGCGAGAUGCAGAUCAAGUGGUACAAGAACAUCCUGGAAAAGGACAUUGAUGCUGUCAAUGGCGCCGCGGGCAAGAAGGAGAGCAAGACCCGACUGCUCAAUAUCGUCAUGCAGCUGCGAAAGUGCUGUAAUCAUCCUUACCUUUUCGAUGGCGCAGAGCCAGGACCUCCCUACACAACUGACGAACAUUUGGUCGACAAUGCUGCGAAGAUGGUCAUGCUCGACAAGCUUCUGAAGCGACUGAAAGCAGACGGCAGCCGAGUCUUGAUCUUUUCGCAGAUGUCGCGUGUACUGGACAUCCUCGAGGACUACUCCGUCUUUCGAGGAUACCAGUACUGUCGUAUAGAUGGAUCUACUGCCCACGAGGACCGCAUUGCGGCGAUCGACGACUACAACAAAGAGAACUCGGAGAAGUUCCUCUUCCUGCUCACUACUCGUGCGGGUGGUCUGGGCAUCAACCUGACCUCUGCAGACAUUGUCGUUUUGUUCGACUCCGACUGGAAUCCACAAGCUGACCUGCAGGCCAUGGAUCGUGCGCAUCGUAUCGGUCAGACCAAGCAAGUCAAGGUCUUCCGUUUCAUCACCGAGCACGCUAUUGAGGAGAAAGUCCUUGAGCGCGCCGCUCAGAAGCUUCGACUCGAUCAGCUCGUGAUCCAGCAAGGCCGUGCCCAGCAACAGGCCAAGCAAGCCGCAUCGAAAGAUGAGCUGCUUGGCAUGAUUCAGCACGGUGCCGAGACCAUCUUCGAAAACAAGGAUGGCUUUGGCGCAUUCGGUAAGGGUGGUCAAGGUGAUGAAGAUGAGCUCGAGGAGAUUUUGCGCAAGGGCGAGGAGCGGACGAAGGAGAUGAACACCAAGUACGAGAAGCUCGGCUUGGACGAUCUCCAAAAGUUCACCUCAGAGGCCGGCACCUACGAGUGGAACGGUGAGAACUUCAUCAACCGCAAGAAGGAGAUCGGGUUGAACUGGAUCAAUCCAUCGAAGCGUGAGCGCAAGGAGCAGUCCUACUCCAUGGACAAGUACUACCGCAACGCAUUGAUGACUGGUGGACCUCGUCCUGAGCCGAAGCCAAAGGUACCACGAGCACCCAAGCAGAUGGCUAUGCAUGACUACCAAUUCUUCUCGCCACGCCUCGGAGACCUACAAGACAAGGAGACUGCCUACUUCCGCAAGGAAAACGGCAUCAAGGCGCCGCUUGCAGAUGGCGACGAGGAUACACUCGACCAGCGCCUACAAGAUCAAGAGCUCGAGCAGAGCGUCAUCGAUAAGGCCGAACCACUGACCGAGGAAGAGAUCGCCGAGAAGGAUCAGCUUGCGGAAGAUGGAUUCGGUGACUGGAACAAGCGUGACUUCCAACAAUUCGUCAACGGAAGUGCCAAGUACGGACGUCACGACUACGAUGCGAUCGCUCUUGAGGUCGAUAGCAAAGACCCCAAGGAGGUCAAGGAGUAUGCCAAGGUCUUCUGGAAGCGUCACAAGGAGAUCGCCAAUUGGGAAAAGCACAUUGCGGCGAUCAAGGAGGGCGAGCAGCGUGCGCAGCGUGUGAUAGAGCAACGCGAGAUGCUGAAGAAGAAGCUGGCCAUGUACCGGGUCCCGCUCCAGCAACUCAAGCUGAACUACACUGUCUCGACCACGAACAAGAAGGUUUACACCGAGGAGGAAGACCGAUUCCUUCUAGUGAUGCUCAACAAGUACGGCAUCGACACGGAAGGCCUGUACGAGAAGCUUCGUGACGAGAUCCGGGAGUCACCACUGUUCCGCUUUGACUGGUUCUUCUUGUCAAGGACGCCACAGGAGCUUGGCAGGCGUUGUCAGACCUUGAUCACGACUGUGACGAGGGAGAUGGAAGGUGGCAAGGAGAACAAGCGUGCCGCCGAAGAGGAUGAAGACGAGGAAGAUGCUCCAGCGCCGAAGAAGGGCAAGACUGCCAGGACAUCACUUGGUCUUGGUAGUGCCAAGAACAAGGCCGUCAACGGCGCAAAGGGUACACCAAACGGUACUUCUCGUGCUGCUAGUGUCGACACGACCGCCUCUGGUGGUGCUUCAAAGGCGAAGGGCAGAGCACCUCGCAAGAAGUAG